GCAGGAGAAUGGGCUCGGCGGAACCGUAGGAAAGCUACUAUAAGGUAGGGCACUUUAACAUUAGCCUAACUCUUCGCUCCGCCGUGGGACAACACCAGUUCUGAGAAGGAAUCGUCUGAUCCUUCUUUUUCCAUGAGUGUUUCGCUUCAUCCCUUCUCUAACGAACGCUCUUCGUAUAUAUGUAUGUGUACGUAUGUACUAUGUAAGAGUCGCAGUGUGCUUCGCCUGUUGAGUUGAAAGCAUAACAUUUUCCACUGCGUAUCAAUCAGGUGAUCAUAGUCCAGCCUGUCAGGCCAACACUGGCCGCUUACCCAAAGGUUACCACUCUCCACCAUGUCGACGCCUGCGAUGGCUUCCGGCGACCUGCUGGACCUCGUCUCGUCGUCAGGUGCGGCCACUAUCUAUCCUAAUGACGACGCCAUUCUCGCCGUCCUACAAGCCCGUUUUCGCGCAGACCUGCCGUACACCCGUAUCGGCUCCACCCAUCUGCUUGUCGUCAAUCCCCUCAAAGCACUGUCCAGCGUUAGCGAUGCCAGUGCCCGCGAGUACGAGGAACGAUGCUACAAGGACACCAAUCUCCCCGCCAUCGACUCCCCAAAGCCGCUCCAGCCGCACAUGUACGAGACGGCUUGCAGGAUAUAUCUGCUCAUGCGCCGUCGGGCAGAGCCGCAGAUGAUUAUUCCUCGUGGAAUCACGGCGUCAGGCAAGUCCGCCUCAUUGCGUCUUCUCUCGAGUCAACUCUUGCGGCUGUCCACGCACUCACGAAAAGAGGCCAAGCUUGCCGACCAGCUCCGCGCUCUGACGACACUGGUCGAUUCUUUCGCAAACGCUAAGACGCAAGCGAAUCCUGACGCCUCUCGGCAUUCCAAACUCGUCGAGAUGCACUUCAACGAACGCGGUCGGUUUGCUGGUGCCAAAUGUCUGCUAUUCGGUCUCGACAAGUCGCGUCUGGUCAAGCUGGGUCACGAGGAGCGGACGUAUCACGUCUUCUACCAACUCCUCGCUGGUGCCACAACAGCUGAGCGGGACCAGCUGUUGCUCGAGGAUAUGUCUGAAUAUGCGUUGCUGGCGUCGUCCGGCACGUAUCGCCUUCCGGCCGGCCCUUUUUCGGAUGACACCACCGGCAUGGCGGACCUACGCGCGGCACUGCGCACACUUUCCUUCAAACACACGCCCGCCGUCCUCUCCCUCCUUUCCGCCAUCCUUGCUUCCACUAACAUUACCUUCGUGGCCGCGGACAACAACACCGAAUCGUCGACGGUUGCCCCGGAUUCCAUCCAAGCUUUGCAGGUGACAGCCCGCUUGCUGGGUGUCCCUUCGGACGAAUUGGAGAGUGCACUCACGAAUCGGAGUGCCUAUGUUAGGAAGGAGCUGUACACUGUGCUCUUGAACGAGCACAAUGCCGUCAACCAGCGAACUGCGCUUUCCCGGGAUCUCUAUGCGAUCUUAGUUGCGUUCGUCAUGGAAUCGGCAAAUCGGCGCAUUGAGCCGCCCAGCGGGACGAACGUGAUUGCGAUGCUGGAUACCCCCGGUUUCUCGGCACCUGCAGCAGCCCUUGGCCCCGCGUCCUUCGAAUUGUUCGCCAACAACUUUGCGGACGAACUGGUCCAGGGAUGGGUGACGCAGGCUGUGUUUGCGAAUGCGGAGGAUGUUGUAGGCAAUGAAGCGUGCCUAGAGCUGUUCCGCGGUGUGCCUGUGACAGAACCCGCUGUUAUCCCCAGCAGAAAAGGAGACAAGGAAGCUCGUGGUAUCCUCGGUGUCAUCGGCCGAGCUAGCAUUGCCUUCAAGACCGGGAAAGGCGCUGACCGGGACCGCGAUGAGGAGCUUCUUGCGGAGAUGGUCGGCCGUUUUUCGAGCCACGCGUCCUUCGAAACAACACCCCUGCCCCCAUCUGCGGGCGGUGUUGGGACCGGCAAUCUCACCGCCCGGCCACGAGCAUUUGGAAUCAAUCAUUACGCAGGGCAGUGUGCGUAUGAUGUGCGGGGCUUCGUGGCCGCUGAUGCUGAUCUGCUCGAUGCCGCGCUCGUGACUCUGCUACGGGCAUCAACGGUUCCGUUCGUGGCCAAGUUAUUCUCGGGCCCCUCUCUUGCCGCCGAAAGCCAUGCACGGGAUGUCAACACCAUUGUCCAGGCGCAGGUUUCUUCUCGUCCAUUGCGGGGGCCCUCGCUCGGUGGAGCAGAGGAGCUUGCUCGAUUCGACGCCUCCAAGACGCAUCCUGCCAUGGCCCAGCUCGAUGGUACUCUAUCCGCGCUCCUUCACGGCUCCAGGGACGGCCAAGCUCAAAUGUGGACUGUCACAUGUCUCCGUCCUAACGAUUCCGGAUCGCCCAACUCGUUCGACAAGCGGCGCAUCCGAGCCCAACUCCGAUCUCUUCUCGUUCCCGCUUUGGUUCAACAUGUAAGCGGCGGUGAUUACGUGGCAGAGAUGGACGCGGAUGAGUUCUGUGCUCGGUACGUUCCAACCAUGCAAGGGGGCACGGAGGAGCGCAUCGAGCAAUGUGCGCGGGCCAACGGCUGGCGCGAAGGUUCGGACUACCGCUUCGCUGCGGGUCGGAUCAUGCUCGAGUAUGGCGCCUGGAAGAUGGUCGAGGACGUGCUAAGAGGGCAGGAGAAACGGGGAGCAGAUGACCAAGAGCCUAUCGACGAGCCAGAUGUCGACGAGACCACCGAAUACACCCACGGCCAUGCCUAUGAGGCAAGCACCGAGAACUUUGGCUACGGCUCUGGCGGUCUGCAGACCCCCGCUGAUCCAUUUGCUGGCGGCAUGCCUGCACCUCCACCGGGAAGCGGAAGCGGCUGGGCUGGCUCUGACUACAAGGGCAGUCCCAUGGGAACGAUGGAGGGAUACCCCGAUUCGCCUCUUCCAAUGUCCAAGGACGACCACUCGGAGGUCACUGGUGCUGGCGCCCCUGCGACCGGGUUCGUGCAGAAAGAUGCUCUGCUUGCCAACAACGAAAUGGAAGAGAUCCCGUCUAGUCGGGCGCGGCGAUUCUGGCUCGGUGUUGUCUGGACCAUGACGUGGUUCAUCCCAACAUUCCUGCUGUCUUCCGUGGGUCGCAUGAAACGUCCUGAUAUCCGACUGGCCUGGCGAGAGAAGGUUGCUAUCUUCCUGCUCAUCUUCCUGCUCAAUGGGAUCGUCGUGUUCUACAUCGUCGUGUUCGGUCGCUUACUCUGUCCUGAAUUUGCCAAGGCCUGGGGAGUGAACGAGGUUGCUCAGCACACGACGACGCAGAACUACUGGGUCGCCAUCCAAGGCACUGUGUACGAUGUGACCAAUUUCGUGCAAGGCGACCACAGUGAUAUCAAUUCGGAGGCGAGCAACGGCCAGGAUGUGCUCACUGUUCUUGCCGGUCAGGAUCUCACGUACUAUUUCCCGGUCCCCCUUGUCCUGGGUUGUCCUACAUUGGUGACUGACGGGUCCAUGUUCUUGACGCCGAAGAACUUCACUCAAGACGAGCCUACUGCGAUGCACACCAGCGGCCAGCUGCAGAGUGUGCCAAACUCAGCGUUGCACAACAACGAUUGGUACACCGCCACAUUCUUGCCCAAGAUGGCCAAUUACAGGAAGGGUCCUGUGGUCAUCACAACGGGCACCUUGAGAUCGCAGGCUGCUGAUACAGGCAUCGCCAAGAUUUGGGGUCGAUACGGCAACAACAUCUACGACUUGACGGACUACGUCAACACGCUUUCGAUCAACGUGAACAACAACGCCUAUGCGUUCCUCGACAACAACAUCGUCUCUGUUUUCAAGCAGCAGUCUGGCCAGGAUAUCACCAAGCCUCUGAAUGCCGUCCUGGACGCCAUGAGCGCCGAUCAACGUGGAUUGAAUAUGCAGUGUCUCAACAAUGCAUUCUAUAUCGGACAGUACGACUUCCGAAAGGAUGCCCGAUGCACCGUCCAGAACUAUCUGCUUCUUGUCGCCUCUGGAAUUCUGAUGGGUUCGAUGGGUCUGAAAUUCUUGGCUGCCUUGCAACUCUCCCCGAAGCGCAACCCUGAGCUCCAAGACAAAUUCGUCCUGUGCCAGGUCCCGUGUUAUACCGAAGGCGAAGACUCGCUCCGACGAACCAUCGAUUCUCUCUCCGCACUCAAUUACGAUGAUAAGCGUAAGCUGAUAUUCAUCAUAUGUGAUGGGAAUAUUAUCGGAAGUGGGAACGAUCGUACGACACCUCGUAUCGUUCUGGACAUCUUGGGUGUCGACCCUCAGCUCGACCCAGAGCCGCUUCUGUUCAAGUCUGUCGGCGAAGGUUCAAAAGCGCUGAACUACGGGAAAGUCUACUCUGGCUUGUAUGAGUACGAGGGCCAUGUCGUUCCGUAUAUGGUCGUGGUCAAAGUUGGAAAGCCUACCGAGCGGGCGAAACCCGGCAAUCGAGGAAAGCGAGACUCUCAGAUUCUGCUCAUGCACUAUCUCAACCGAGUGCAUUUCGAUGCUGCCAUGUCACCACUGGAGCUGGAGAUCUAUCAUCAAAUGCGGAAUGUGAUUGGUAUCGACCCGGCAUUCUACGAGUACAUCUUCACGAUCGACGCUGAUACUUCCGUGACACCCGAUUCUCUCAACCGACUCGUGGCCAGCUCAUCAGACGACUCUGCGAUCAUCGGCAUCUGUGGCGAAACGAAGCUGCAGAACGAAGAGGAUUCGUGGUGGACGAUGAUCCAGGUCUAUGAGUACUACAUCUCGCACCACCUUUCCAAGGCUUUCGAGAGUUUGUUCGGCUCAGUGACGUGUCUUCCCGGUUGUUUCUCGCUCUAUCGCAUCCGGACAGCAGAUAAGGGCCGGCCCAUCAUCAUCUCAAACCGGAUCAUCGACGAAUAUUCGGAGCCUAAUGUCGAUACUCUGCACAAGAAGAACUUGUUUUCGCUCGGAGAAGAUCGGUUCUUGACGACGUUGCUGAUGAAACAUUUCCCGACCUACAAAACCAAGUUCACGCCGGAUGCGAUAGCUCACACCGUUGCGCCCGAGUCGUGGAAGGUGUUGUUCUCUCAGCGACGUCGUUGGAUCAACUCGACCGUGCACAACUUGUGUGAGCUUGUGCUGCUGCCUGAGCUGUUCGGGUUCUGCUGCUUCUCGAUGCGUUUCUUCGUGUUCAUUGAUCUCCUGGGAACCCUGAUCUUGCCUGCCACUGUCGUUUAUCUAUUUUACCUGAUCAUCGAAGUGGCCCUUGGGAAGCAGGCCGUCCCCAUUAUUGCCUUGGCUAUGAUUGCUGCGACGUACGGUCUACAAGCCAUGAUCUUCAUCCUGAAGCGCGAGUUCAUGCUGGUUGGAUGGAUGAUCGUCUAUAUCCUUUCAUACCCUGUUUACAGUUUCUUCCUGCCGGUGUACUCUUUCUGGUGCAUGGACGAAUUCGGUUGGGGUAACACGCGUUUGGUGAUUGGAGAAGGCAAAGACAAGAAGGUCAUCAUCAAUGAGGACGAGAAGUUUGACGACUCGAUGAUUCCGCUCAAGAAGUUCAGUGUCGCGGCAGAAUACGAGGCAGAAGCUUGGGAGACGGCAGAUCGACACUCGGACGGCAACCACUCGGAAUACAGCGGCAAGCCUCGAUCGCGGUCGCGAGGGCCGUCUCCACGGCCGUAUCAGGAAGCUUCUCAGGCGGGCGACUACUACCGGGACACGAAUCUGACUGCUCCCCGAUCUCGAAACCAUGGUUCCCAGCAAUCUGUGAUGUCAGUUCCCCAACUGCCGUACAUGCCCUUCAACGGUGGCCCUGGGUCGGUGACGGGUUCAGACCACGGGAUGAUGGCGCCAAUGGGCUACCAGAACACAGGCAGCAUGUACGGGAUGAUGCCCCCGAUGAUGACUGGCAUGCCGAUGUACAGCACGCCGAGCCUCAAUGGGUCGCAAAUCUUUGCGCCCCCUGUGAUGCCUGCGGCGGGUGGGAUCCCGCGGCCGAUGUCGACGCUGUCUAUGGCGACGACAGCGAAUCUGUUUGCGUCUGGGCCGAGCCAGAACCCGAACCCAUCGGACGACGAUCUGUUCAAUGCGCUGAGGAAUUAUCUGAGCACACAGGAUCUCAUGACUGUUACGAAAAAAACUGCACGCGAAGCUAUCGCUGCCAAGUUCCCGAACGCAGAUCUUACUUCUCGCAAAGAGUUUUUGAACCGUUCGAUCGACACGAUCCUUUCAGAGUCAUAGAUUAUCUCUCCUUCAGCAUUAUGGACUAGCACAAUACACAACUUAGCGUACACUACAUUACUUAGUCAGACUUGCUUUGCAUUUGGACGCGGUACUUAUGGACUGGUAAAUCUCAUGUACAUUGUUUUAACUUGACAAUCGUGAAGUAAGUUCAGCCAAAUGACACGGGUAUUGAAUGAAUGCCCAGCUCAUUCAAUCAUUUACGUGUUCUGGCCUUCACAGGCGUCGCCGCUACCAGAGUGACACCCUCUCUGCGCUCCUGUUCCCUCGCCGCAG